AUGCAUCGUUUCAAUUGCAAUAAGUUUCCUGUUGGUAAAAAUUUCAAAACUAUUAUAUAUAACUACCAUAUUUUUAAGAGAAAAAUCAGUGAUAUUUGUGAAAGUAAAAUAAUUUCACUUAACAAAAGCAAAGAAUAUGACAAAUUCAAAAUUUAUAGGAAUAACAUAUAUAAUAACAUAUGUGAGAAUCAAAUUCUUCAAGGCGUAAAGGUGCAUAAGCUCGAUCCAGAUGGAUACGGAGAAAUAGCUAUUUACGCAACAAGACAAAAUAAUUUGUUUUUUUUAAAAUUUUUUUUAUUAAUUCCCGAUGAACAGGUUAAUUUAAAAGUUUUGGACAUAAAUAAAAAGAAGAAAAAAAUAACUUUUCAAAUACUGUGCAAGACCAAAAAGAGUAAAUAUGAAAUAAUACCUCGCUGUGAGUAUUUUUCUAAUUGUGGAGGUUGUAUGUACCAACAUAUUAAUUAUAACUUUGAACGACAAUCAAAGAAAAAUUUAUUGAUUAGCCUUUGCGAGAAAUACAACAUACAUUUAUUAGUUAGUAGCAAAGAUUACUUACAAAAUGAUCACUACUUUUGUAAAAUAGUAGAACAGAAUGAAGGUGAAUUAUUGGACAUUUCAAAAAUAAAAAGAGAAUACACAGGAAACGAUUUGGAGGAAGAGGAGGGUCAGCACGAAGAAUUGCGAAAAAAUAUUCAAGAAGAAUUGUUAGUGCAUCAAUCUUAUAAAAAAAAAGAUUCAGUGGAUAUAGAAAAUAAAUUCCAAAAUGAGGAAGCAAUGAGUACCCAUUACAUUGGUCAUACUGAUGAGGGAAAUUACAGCAAGAGCCAUAACGAUAAUAGUGAUGUCCACAAAAAACAAAGUAUGUUUAACUCUGAAAUAGAAAAAAUAAACUUAGCAAAAUUAUACGAGAUUAUAUAUGCAGAUGAAUACCAUUACAGAAACAAAACAUCCAUAAAUUUCUCAGUCACUGAUCAUUUGUCAAUAGGCUAUUUUAAAAAACAUAGUUAUGAAAUUUGUGAUAUAAACAAAUGUUAUAUUCAUGAUGAACAUAUACAAAAUGCAUUUGUAGAAAUUAAAAAAGAAAUAAAUGAGAAUUUUAAAAAGAACAAUAUAUAUAUUUUUAACAAAAUAAAUAAUAAUGGAUAUUUAAAAAGUGUGAGCAUCAAAUUAAGUAUAUAUAAUUCUGAAAAACAAAUUUUAAUAAACUUUACUGGCUACUCUAUAGAUGAUAAAGCGAGGAAGCAUCUGAUAAAUAUAGCCAACAAUUUAGCAUUGAAAGAUAAAUCGAUUAAAGGUGUUUUAUAUAAUGUAGAAACGAAUAAAUUAAAACAAAUAAAAAGUGAAACUGUCUUAUAUGGUCAAAAUUAUAUUUAUCAUACUUUUGAUAAUUAUACAUAUAAAGUAGGAGCUAAUACUUUUUUUCAAUCAAAUAAAUAUUUAAAUACAUGUAUUAUUCAAAUAAUUUUUAAAUUAAUUAAAGUUUAUAAAAUAAAUUCGAACAACUCCUGCGUGUUUGAUCUAUUUUGUGGUAUUGGUUUCUAUUCAUUACCCCUCUCUAAUCUAUUUAGUCAAGUUAUUUGCGUGGAUUAUUCAAUGGAUAAUAUAAAUUGUUUAGAAGAAAACAUCAACAUAAAUAAUAUAAGAAAUAUAAAGUGUUUCAAUUUAGAUUUAUUUAACCUUCACAAUUUAAAACAAAUGAACUUGCAUAUAAGAAGAUAUAUUAUUAAUCUAAUAAAAAAUAAAAAAUAUUCCUUCUAUAGUGAUUUGAAAAGGAAAAUAAAUUCUAUCUACAUAUCAAUGGACAGUAAAAAUGAGGUCAUAGAGAAUUUUCAGAAUAUCCAUUCGCCAUAUAAGAGUUUACCAAAUUUUAUCUAUGACAAUUUAAUUCAAUGGGAUUCCAAAAAAGGAGCUGAAGAUUUUUCCAGUAACUUAAAUGAAGAGAACUCUCAAAAGUUUUGCAAUGAUAAUAACAAAAAUUUGGAGGCUAUCAAACAGGAGACAUUAGGUUCGAAUGGCAUAGACAAAGCUAAAUGCUCCCCCAGUGAAUUUGUCAUACCAUUUCCCGACAUUGUAAUUAUUAACCCUCCUCGAAAGGGGUGUGAAAAGAUAUUUAGAAGAUGGCUAAGAGGAUUAUGCUGCAGGUUUUUAAUCUACAUAUCAUGUAAUCCAUACAGUCAAUUUAGGGACAUUAAUCAUUUAAUUAAUUUGGGAUAUGUGGUCAAAGAAAUUAUUCCACUAGACUCGUUCCCAAGAACGCAGCACAUUGAAUCAGUAGUUUUGUUAGAGUUUGAUUUUAAUAAGACGGUGGAUAAUGAAAAGAGACAAAUAAUGGAAUUUGAAUUAAGUGAAAUUAAAAGUAAUAAAAGAAAGAAGUAUAAAAAAGGUUAA